AUGGUAUUAAGCUGCGUCGGGAGCGACGAAAAGUACGACGGCCGCACCCUUUCGGGAGAACUCGAUCUCAUCGGCCGCUUUGUCAAUUCCACAUCAGCGCGCAAGGGUUACAUACACCCCCCCCCCCCCCCGCCCCGCCCGCGCGCUACUGGCACCCUCCGCAGCAAUUUUUUUGAGAAGUGGGUCCAGCACUCACACGGCCUUGCCGGUAUCUACUUCUCACCUGCAGCGCUCAAUUCUGCACUUACUGGAUUCGUCGAGUCAUCGCCUAUGCAGCCCGAAUCUACAGGCGCAUUUUCCCAGUCAACGCCCAAACUGGGCCACCGUUCACAUCAGAGAGAAUCGUCACUGUCAUCUCUCGGCUCAGUUGGACCAGCGUCGCCUUUUACACAGACUGUUUCCUACCCGCGAAUUGCUAUUAGCGAUUCGACAGCGGAUUCAUUCUGUGAUAUGUACAACAACGAUACAAACGUUCACAACUCGGGAGGCUACCAUCAGUUCGCCAAGCCCAUGGACAAGUUUCCAGGAUAUCAUCACCUCGAAGCUGCCAGUCCUGACAUGGCUUACCCUGCCGCGCUCCCUGGGCACAUGAAGAACCAUAGGGUUGAUCGGUCACUGUUACCAGCUCCCGAGUUCAACCACAUGUUUAGCCGCUCCCACCCAGCUUCUGUGGCCAGCUCUAUUGCUGGAGACUCGCCGUCAACGCCCGGCAUCGACCAAACUGACCGCAGGAGAGGUAUGCGAGUUCCCGACCCCACCACAUCUGAUCUGAGCUCACGAUUCUGGUAUGCAGCAGCGUACGGAAACAUCCCUAAGCUUGAUCGCACCAUGACGGAUGUAUACGGCGACGAACUGUACAACCCGGGCUUCGCCAUCACGUCAUCAUCACCUGCGCAUCCCGUGAACUCCAACACAAAUCCGGUAAAUGCUAGCAGCACGAUGAGCAACCGGCUGUUUAGCCAGUGUCUCAGCGCCGCGAAUAGCCAACACCUGAAUGUUGCCCAUUCGCCAUCAUCUACAGCAUCUCGUGGGCUCUCACCCUUCCAAGCCACCUCGCCAUACGCUCCACCCCAGCUGCCAGAAUUCAGCCUACCUUUCGGAGCUACCACUCAGAAGAUGGGACAUGGUAGUAAUUCCCAGCAGUCGGGUGGUAUGGGUGCGCUUUCAACCGGCGGUAUUGAACCCGAGACACCGAAGACUAUUUCACCCAGAGAUGCCAUGAUUGAGUUCACUGGUGCUGAUGGUGAACAAAACUUCUCGCUGUUCCCGGAGAGCUCAAACAGCUUCGAUUUUGACGCUUACGGCAAGGCAAUGGCACAAGAUGCUGAAUCCAGCCAGGUCCAGCUCCACCCCACACCAGAAUCACGAAGCAGAAACGUGCCAGUCGAGAACAGAAUACCACAACAAUACCCCUUCAUCUCGCGUGCAGACGAAACCUACGACAUAACCCCACCUCCUAGGCUGGGAUCAUCGGGAAGCAGCACCUCUGAAGCACAGACGGAGACUAGCGACAAUCGGCCCUCUCGAACCGGCGCUGAGAGUGGCACGUACACAUGCACAUAUCAUGGUUGCACUCUACGGUUUGAUUCACCUAUACAGCUUCAGAAGCACAAACGCGAGAGACACCGCCAGUCGCAGAACCUUGGCGGACAAGACAGCAUCAUGACAGCGCCCGUUCUGAACAGCCAAGCUGGCCCGCACCGCUGCGAUCGCAUCAACCCCAGCACCGGCAAGGUGUGCAAUACCAUCUUCUCCCGCCCGUACGACCUGACGCGCCACGAGGACACGAUUCAUAACGAGCGCAAGCACAAAGUCCAGUGCGAUCUUUGCACGGUUGAAAAAACAUUCAGCCGCGCCGACGCACUCACUAGGCACUAUCGCACGACUUGUCUGAUGGCGCUCGUUGCAUUUAGCCUGCCUGUGAACCGGCUCCCUCGGGAUAUCUGUCUGCUCCCCUUUUGGUGGUGGGGCCAGUGUGUACCCAGGCUUGGCCAUCGGACCAACCAGAGCAAAUUUGACGGGGCCUCUUGUCUUGUCUACUGCAGGGUCCUCCAGACCUCUGACGUCACUCACCCGUCAAGUUAUCGGUGGGCUGACAUCACAGCGGCGCAAUUCAUUCGCAUUCGGCCACUUGAAAUCAAGCCCUCGUCUCUGCGUUCCAGCACUGGCAUCAUCGCGCAGAGGCAUGCCUUUCCUGCCCCUCUUCUGCCAUGA